AUGGAGUCAAAACCCAUACACUGGGCCCACCUGUUGUUGCUGGUCUUACCCUUCAGCCUCCGCCACCGUUGCUCCCAUGCACAGCCCACCGGCGCAUCGUCCGCCUGGGUCGGCUCAGUCUUAAAAGAAUCUUUGAGCAAAUCUCACUUCAAUAUUAUUAUUGUUGCCUUCCUCGGUGCCAUUGUCUUCUUUAUUUUCUUCUCCCUCUUGGUUCGUCACUGUGUUGAUUCCUGUGCCAGCAGUGAUGCUCAGAGUGCCGCGGCCGCCGCAGAGCAGCGCCGCCGUGAAGUCAUCGAGAGAUGCCCUGUCCUCGUCUACUCCGAGGUGAGGGAUCUCAGGAUCGGGAAUUCAGCUCUGGAAUGUGCCGUUUGCCUGAGCGAGUUCGAGGACACGGACAAGAUCCGCUUGCUGCCAAAAUGCAAUCACGUUUUCCAUCCCGAUUGUAUCGAUAGGUGGUUCGCCUCACGUCUCACUUGCCCUGUUUGCCGCGCCAAGCUCUCUCCCUCGGAUUUCGCCGAGAAUGAGGAGGCCGACGCCGUGACGGAGUCGAAUCCCGAUGAAUCACCGGCUGAUGCAGAUGCUGAAAUCGAGGAACAAAGCACCGUGGAGUCGUCGGAGCCAAUGGCGGAGACGAUUGACGUGGGUGAAGAAAGCGGAAGCACUGGUCUGAUUCCGGGGACAACAACGGCGUCGGAAAGAUUUGAGAGGUCACACUCAACGGGUCACUCUCUCACCAUGGCACCCGAGGGGAUGAUGAUGACUGAGAGGUAUACACUGAGAUUACCGGAGAAUGUGAAGGAGGAGAUAUUUGGGAACCAGAGGAGAAGGCUUCGACGUUGCGCUAGCAGCAACGACGUCGUUUUGCAGGGAGAAUGGAGCACGAAGGAAGGAAGCGAUGAUAUGGAGAAAUCGGCGUUGAUGAUCUCCAUGACGCCGCCAUUUGUUUCGAAGGAUUGGAGCUCUGUGAAAUUCCUGAAGCAGAAUGCUACUGAUCAGAGCUCGCCGUCGACGUCGCGAAGGCCUCCGGUUUGA